AUGAAGAUGAUCUUCACCGCCAUCUCUGCCCUCGCCGCUGCCAGCGUUGCAGCAGCCACUCUUUGCGCCGAGGCUAACAAGUUCGGUGCCCUCACCAUCACUCCCUCGACCGCUCUCGCUGGUGGCUCCAAUGUCACCGGUUCGCUGGAUCUGACCUGCCCCAAGGAGAAAGGUUACUUCCCCACGUAUGUCGACUACUACCUCGAGGUGCCCCAGGGCAACAACGGCUACGAGUGGCCCGUCCUGCUCGCGCACAAUGAGGUUGACGCGAGUGCUACGUCGGACACGUUCAACACUGCUCUUCCCUAUAUCACGUACUUCAACGCCAGCUACGUUGUAUAUGCGCAGUUCACGUACGCGCGCACGGACGAGAAGCAGAACACGUACUACCUCAUCGGCGGCACUUCCAGUGGCGUCAAUAUCACUGCUAACAACAGCUGA